AUGGUGUCACUUACAAGCAUCAUGAUGCCUACGAUAGGGCCGGCGUGGGCCUCAUACACUAUUGAAGAGGUUGAUGGUAAGGUCGUGUUGGUACAACAGCAAACCACCGAAGAAAAGCCAGUCAUUUCGAAUAUCGGGAGUCAAAAUGAUGCCGACGUUACAAUCAAGACCGAGCACGAGGAUUCUGAUUCAAGCAAUUUCUUCUCUAUUACACCAGACCACAGCGCCACGAUUGAUGUUUACAAUCAAAUCUUCAGCGCAUUCUAUAACGUCCCCAUCGAAAUUCCGACUACAAAUAUCGCCGCCUCUCUCACUCACUCCGAACAACUCACCAAGCUCGCCGAAGACCUGGGGUGCUUGGACAACCUUCCCAACCUAAGAUCACAAAUCAAUGCCACCCUUCUCCAGCAACGACAUGCGCUUCUGCGUGCAAUCAAAAACGACCCUGCACGCUGGCUCAUCCUCUCACUCUCUCUGCACAACGAGUCCAUCUACACAGAAGCACUGAUCCAUAUGUCUGGCGCACACCCCAGUUGGCCAUGGCCGACGCCGCGCUCCUCUCUCCCAGAAGAAAUCAUCCGCCUCAUCACGGCCAAGAGCCUUGAGCUAAACAAACGGUGCACAGAAAUAGAGCGCGACCUGCUCUUACUCACCAUCCACGUCGGCCGUGGUGCGAGCAGCCACCCAGUGUCUCUUCUUGUCAACUCUGAAUUUGACACUUGGUUCAUCGUCUCAACAUUCCGGUCCAUCCUCGCUCAAGAAUUCACCAACCUCCACGACGACUGCAAGGGCUCUCUCCGUCGCGGCACAAUCUAUCGGAAGAUUUGGAAGGGGGAGGGUUAUAUGCCGUACGAGGAUAUGCGACGCAUGCUCGAACAGGUCAUGCCCUCCGCAGUUGCCAGUCUAAGUGAGGAUCUGGCCAUCUUGAAGAGGGAAGCGAGUGCGUACGUGGAGGAUCUUGCAAAGAACGAGUCUUUGCUUGAUGUGGAGGGGCAGAAGGUGCUCUGCUGUCUACAUCAGUGUCAAAUCGAAAAUUUGCAAGAUGUCAAGGCGAUGUAG